AUGUACGGUCUCAAGCAACUAUCCGUCCUGAGCUUCAUGCUCCUCGCCGUCACAGCCAAGGAAGCCGCUCAAAAGACGACGGUCGGAAUCGAGACCGAGGAUGGAAGUUUCGGAAAGACUGUGACGUUGGACGAUUGCGAAGAAAUUGAUGAAGAUGGCUCCUCUUGCACCGGUCGAAACUCUCUACUGCCUCCCGGCGACCACACUAACAAGGAGCCGGUUCCUAUCAUUUCGAUCUAUUGUCACUCCAAGCGACCUUUCUAG